AUGGCUGAAACUGAGCGCCCUCAAUACUAUGAAAACACACUGACUCCACUCCCAAUCAAUCCCGCGACUUUAAUUGACACUCUUCGAGAGCUUCGAGAGGCUGUUUACAAUGCCGCAGAAUUAGUCCAUGCGAACGAGCCCAUUCCAGACAAAUGGAGUUCUGGUGGCAUGUUCAAGCAUUUUCCAGGCGUCGCCCUUGCCUUCUUGCGUCUCGAUUACCAGUCCUCGAUACUGGCCAGUCAAAAGGCUUCGUCUACAGAGUUCCGGCAGUAUGCUCUCCAACGAAUCCCAUCAGGCUUACCUGAUAUGCCUCUCGUCCCGUCGCGGCUGUCUCCCGCGGGAUCAUUGUCGCCCAUGACCGCCGUGACUCUACACAUUCUCUCGGCUGUGGCACAGACUAAUUGGGGAGCCGAUGCUAAGCCAAGCAUUUCACCGGAACUCAUCACCUACCUUCAGGAUGCUGUCAACUUGGCACUGAAGAAUGAAUUUAUCGUUCCUCACGGCGAACACAGGAUGGGAGGAGACGAGAUGCUAUACGGCCGCGCGGGGCUAUUGUGGCUUCUUCUAAAUGUUCGCGCACAUCGAUUCAAUGAUGAAACCCAAACAGCACUCGGCCCAGUCCUCGACAUGAUCCCUCAGUUAAUCCGCGUUAUUAUCGAGGCUGGCCGAGAAGGUUCGAAAGAUUACAUGAAUAAGCAUGGAAAGAAAGAUGCUCAUCCGUUGAUGUAUGCAUGGAUGGAGGGUCACUAUGCCUUUGGCGCUGCCCACGGAAUCACCGGUAUUCUCCCUAUUCUACUCUCUUGCAGGGAGGAGGAGAUAUCAGAGUAUAUGCCUGAGAUCGGAGAGACUAUUACUGCGCUCUGCAAGCUUUGCACCGCGAACAAUGGCCAUCUCCCGAUGACACUUCCCCCGCGCGGCCCAAAAAAGUCCUCCGAACUCGUCCAGUUCUGCCACGGCAGCCCUGGAAUUCUUCUGCUUCUGGGAACUGCUUUGCAAAAUGACAAGCUAACUCGGGCGUACUGGCAUCCCACGUGGGAUCAGACUUUAUACCAGGCCACUUGUCGCACUUGGGAAGAGGGCAUCCUCUCGAAGGGGGGUAGCCUGUGCCACGGUAUCUCCGGCAAUGCAUGGCCGUGGCUGUUACUUCACGAUGCGUUUGAGUACCACUCGAAGACCAUCGACGAUUCCCGACGCGGCUACUUCCAACGUACUCGGGAGUCCGCGAAGCCAGAUGACGAUUUGAGCCAGAAGCUUACAUCAGACUUCUUCUUGUCUCGGGCACUGGCUUUCAUGCUGCAUGCAUUCGAAACUCGCCCCUAUAACACUGCACCCGGGACUUCUGAUCGUGAUUAUCGAACUCCCGACGAUCCAUACUCGCUGUUUGAAGGGCUGGCGGGUAAUGUUUGUGCGUGGGCAGAGUCUUGUGCAGUGAUUCAGGCGAGGUUGCGCAAGGCAAUGUUGAGCGAGGAGGGGGUUAGCGUGGAGGAUGAUAGCAUGUUCCAAGAAGCGAUUCGCUGUCGACUGGGCUUCCCACUCAUUGGUGGAAAUGGGGUUCGAGGUAUGCUCUAG